AGUCAGAAGAAGAACGUGUGGCUUCACAUCGCCGUCUUUCCAUGCAGAGGAAGAGAGCGCUGAAGUAUGGAGCACCUGACAGUUCUUGCCCUGGCACUUGUGCUGUGUUCGGCUCUUUGUGACGCUGCCCCGACUGUGACAUCACCUGAUGACCAUCAAAAAGCAGAGGAAUAUUUGGCACAGUUCUACAGGAAUCAUGGCACCACUCAAGCACGUGGGAGGAGUAUAUACCUCGCAGAUUUUGAGAAAGAUCUGAAAGCCAUGCAGGAGUUUUUUGGGCUGGAGGUCACAGGUAAGCUGGACACGAACACUCUGGAGGUGAUGAAAAAGCCGCGCUGCGGAGUCACGGAUGUAGCCAGUUACGGUCACUUCGCAGGGAAGCCCAGAUGGAAGCAGAGUGUUGUAACAUACAGAAUAACAGACUACACAUCGCAGUUGAGCAGGAGUGAGGUCGAUGCCACUAUCGGCAAAGCCUUCAAGUUGUACAGCGAUGUCAUUCCACUUGAUUUCAAACAGAUCUACAGCGGCACAGCUGACAUCAUGAUUCUCUUCAAAGCUGGAUAUCAUGGAGAUUUUUACCCGUUUGAUGGACGCGGUCAGGUUCUGGCUCACGCCAACUCUCCUGGUCCUGAACAGGGAGGAGAUACACACUUUGAUGAGGAUGAGAAAUGGACAUUAAGCCCCCAAGGUGUGAAUCUGCUUUUGGUGGCUGCUCAUGAAUUCGGUCACGCUCUGGGACUAGAUCACUCCAAAGACCGUUCAGCUCUUAUGUAUCCAAAUUACCAGUAUGUCAACACGAAUGGCUAUAAACUUCACCAGGAUGACCGACUCGGGGUCCAGGCUCUGUAUGGGGUUCGAGCAUCUACAGAUGAACCAGCCCCAAAACCUAAACCAAAACCAGAGCCCAAACCAGAGCCAAAACCAGAGCCCAAACCAGAGCCCAAACCAGAGCCAAAACCGAAUCCCGUACCAAGCGUCCCACCGGAACCAUGCAAACGUGACUUAGUAUUUGAUGCAGCAACCAGCAUUCGGGGGGAACUGUUUUUCUUUAAAAAAGGGUUUUACUGGAAGAAAGGAUAUCACAGUGGACUUUCAAGGCAUAAAGUAAACUCCAUGUGGCCGUCUAUUGAUUCUGUUGAUGCUGCGUAUGAAUUAAGGAACAAAGGCAUCACCUUCCUCUUUAAAGGUCAGCAGUACUGGGCCGUCAAAGGCAGCACAACUUUGUCUGGAUAUCCCAAACCCAUAACCAACUUUGGAUUUCCUCCUUAUGUGAAAAAGAUCGAUGCGGCCGUGCAUGUGGCAUCCACCGGCCAAACUCUGUUCUUUAUUGAUAGCAACUACUGGAGCUACGAUGAAAGGACAGGUCAAAUGGACCGAGCAUUUGCUAAAAGCAUUCGGCGUAAUAUUCCUGGAAUCGGUUCACGGGUGGACGCUGCUUUUGAAAAUGCUGGUUACCUGUACUUCUCAGAUGGUGCACGACAAACUGAGUAUGAUUUUAGUUCAAAACGAGUGAACCGUGUUCUGUUGAAUUAUGGAUGGCUGAACUCAAAUCAUAUGCCUGUCACUAGUGUUAAAGGCGUUGAAAGGCACUUGUCUUAUGUGUUUGGAAGACACAUUCAGAGCUCAAGUAUGAUGCACCUGGCAGGUCUCUCCCUGACACUGUGUUUGGCUUUAUGUGAUGCUGCCCCCACGACGACAUCUUCAGAUGACCGUCAACUGGCAGAGGAUUAUCUGACACAGUUCUACAGGGAUCCCGUCUCAACUAAAUCAGGUGGCGGAAGAAGGUACCAUGGAGAUUUUAGGAAAGAUAUGGAAGUUAUGCAGGAGUUUUUUGGGCUGGAGGUCACAGGCAAGAUGGACACAAACACUCUGGAGGUGAUGAAACAGCCACGCUGUGGAGUCACGGAUGUGGCCAGAUACAACCUUUACAAAGGGAAGCCCAGGUGGAAGAAGAGUGUUGUAACAUAUAGAAUAACAGACUACACAUCGCAGUUGAGCAGGAGUGAGGUCGAUGCCACUAUCGGCAAAGCCUUCAAGUUGUACAGCGAUGUCAUUCCACUUGAUUUCAAACAGAUCUACAGCGGCACAGCUGACAUCAUGAUACUCUUCAAAGCUGGAUAUCAUGGAGAUUUUUACCCGUUUGAUGGACGCGGUCAGGUUCUGGCUCACGCCAACUCUCCUGGUCCUGAACAGGGAGGAGAUACACACUUUGAUGAGGAUGAGAAAUGGACAUUAAGCCCCCAAGGUGUGAAUCUGCUUUUGGUGGCUGCUCAUGAAUUCGGUCACGCUCUGGGACUAGAUCACUCCAAAGACCGUUCAGCUCUUAUGUAUCCAAAUUACCAGUAUGUCAACACGAAUGGCUAUAAACUUCCCCGGGACGACCGACUCGGGGUCCAGGCCCUAUAUGGUGUUCGAACAUCUAAACCAGUCCCGAAGCCUGAGCCUACACCAAAUCCUAGACCGGGCUUUAAUGCAUGCAGUCGCAACCUAGUCUUUGAUGCAGCAACCAAAAUUAAAGGAGAACUGUAUUUCUUUAAAAAAGGAUACUACUGGAAGAAAGGCUAUAACAGUGGAAUUUCAUCUUUGCGUAAAAUAAACUCUUUGUGGCCAUCUAUUGAUUCUGUUGAUGCUGCAUAUGAAUUUGAAGAUAAAGACAUUGCCUACCUCUUUAAAGGUGAGAAGUACUGGGCUGUUAGAGGCAAUAAAAUUUUGCCUGGAUAUCCUAAACCCAUUUCCAAACUUGGGUUUCCCUCUUAUGUAAAAGAGAUUGAUGCAGCCGUGUAUGUGGCGUCUAUUGGCCGAACUCUCUUCUUUGUUGGAAACAAAUAUUGGAGCUUGAAUGAAAGGGCAGCUCACAUGGACCGUGGCUUUCCUAAAAGCAUACAGCAUAAUAUCCCCAAUAUUGGUUCAAAUGUGGAUGCUGCUUUUGAAAAUGACGGUUACCUGUAUUUCUCAUCUGGUGCACUGCAAAAAGAGUAUGAUUUCAGUUCCAAGAACGUGAAGCGUGUUCUGAAGCAUAAUGAAUGGCUGAAGUGCUACCCAUCAAAAGUUAAACCUAAAAAAUAA